AAAUAUGGCGUCGGAGGAUGCGAACGCGCCGAAGUGUGAUCUCGAAGGCGAUGGCUGUGUCCGUUUGUCUUCGAUCCUUCAAGCCUUCGGUGCGCCCAUCCGCGAGGAGCAGGCCUGGGCCGUGUGCUACCAGACUUCUAAGUGCAUGUGCAAAGAGUGGACGGCGGACAACCGCGGAUGUUAUUGCCUGACAGACACCAGUCAGCUGAGGAUCCACAAGGAUGGGAGCGUACACAGCUCCACGGUGCGCGAACUGGGUCCGGCGUCCACACGACCCAUUGCAACAAGCGAGUACAAGCUCGUGUGCAGCCUAGGCCUGGUACUGUUCCACGCGCUCGAGUACGGGCUCCGACCGGACGAAGAGCACGUGCUGAGCCGGCCCUUCGAGAUGCUCCUGGACCGCAUGACGUCCGCCGACCCCGAGGCGAGCUCCGACGCCGAGCUGAGCUCGGACGACGACUCGGGCGAGGAGGACUGCCACGACGAAGGCAUCGAGAAGGACUCCGGCGAGGACGACCCGGGUGGCGGCGAUGGCGGGGCCGGCAAGUCACCGCAUCGGGCGGGCCUGACGCUCGCCAAGGUGCUGGAGAUGUGCGCGUCCCACCUUCAAACCCCAACCCAGGCUGACUUACACUACAAGGCUGUUUGCCGUGCUCUAGUUGCAGAAGCUGUUGAGCUAUCAACAUUCCUACAAAAAAUAUCUAGUGGAACCAAAGAUUUUAUCAAGUGUCAUCGCAGUGAUCCAGAUACCUCAGAUCUUGAUGGCUUACAGUUUCAGGACUGGGCCAUGCUGUGGAUGCAGGUUAUUCGAGAACUUCGACAGGGAGUCAAAUUAAAGAAGGUUGAUGUUGAAACACACCUGCAUCCUGUGGAGUACGAGCUAACGCCUUACGAGAUGUUGCUGGAUGACAUCCGUUCACAGAGGUACAAGCUAAACAAAGUCAUGGUUAAUGGUGAUCUCCCACCUCGAGUGAAGAAAGAUGCCCACGCUUUAAUAUUGGAAUUUAUCCGUUCUAGGCCUCCACUGUUUCCUGUUUCAAGGCGAAAACUGAAGCCUGCACCUCGGCGGGAAACAUCGGUACACGACAGGCUGAUGGCAGACAUACGGCAACCACAGAUGCUUCGACCAGUCAGGAAAAGGAGCAGUUCAAGCAAUUCUGGCCGUCGGGCCGCCCAAGCUUCAGCCGGCUCGAAGUUGAUGCGCCCCGACGGUGCGCUGCUGGCCAUGGCCCAAAGCCUUCGGCGAGUCAUGGUGAAACCGAGCAGCCCCAUUCGCGCCGUUGUCUGCGUGCUGUCCGGAAUCGGCCGUUUCGGCAGCCGUCUGGGAUGUAAUGGAAAACUGGCUCAGGCUCGCAACCGUGCAAUACCUGUGCUGCCUGACUGGCCCAUCUUCCGCAAGUGGCGCAGCUCGAGUUCCUCGGCACAGUGGCGCAAGUUUCUUCCGUGGCCCCGUGCGCUGUCACGCUCCCCAAGGAGGUCCGCGGACGUCGCCGAGGGGGCCGCCGCGUCCUCCUCCUCUCCGCCGCAGGGAGCGCAACGGGAGCAGCGCGAUCGCGGCGGCGUCGACGCAGACGUGCGCCGGCCUCGGCACAGCCAGGUGCGCGUGCGUAGCUACGGCAGCACUUCGUCGCUGUACCUGGAAAUGAAGGACCGCGGCGCCGAGUCGGACGAGGACGUGGGCCUCGGGCUCGACUUCGAGGAGGACGAUGACGAGUUCCGCAAGUGCAUCGAAGAUGACGUUCCAGUGGAGACAUCACGGACAAAACUGGAGGACACAGAUUCCACGCCACAGCCUCGGAGGCGCCUCAUUAUGGCUGACAUCUCCCUCCACCUUUCUUCAAGCUUUGAUGAGGAUGACUUGGACGAUGCUCCCACUUCUCCUGUGCCAGAGCAGCCUCACUCAUUGCCUGUGCAGCUUCGCCGAACACCCCAAAGGCCUACAAAACUGCAGUGGCAGCACAAGCAUGGAAGUGGAGAUAACCCCGAUGUCCCAACGACAGCAUUGUUGAAGCACAAGCUAGAGCGUCGACAUAGCAUCACUGUGUGUGAAUCACCAUCAAGGGCACCAUAUCGCAUAGCUCAGGAAAUGUUGCGACGCCCUGACAAGUUGGCACUUAAUGCACGUCAAGAGUCUGGGAAGGAAAACUGGACCACGACACAGUGGGAGAAUUCGAUGGAGUGUUUGUCCUUGACCCUGGAAGAAGUUGUUCACAUACGUAAUGUUCUAACAAAGGCAGAACUGGAGUCUCUUCUUACCAAUAGGCCCCUUUAUGAAGAUGUUGAGAAGCGAAAAGUUUGCUUCACCUGCAAAAAGACAAAGUUCUCCUUCUUCAGGCCAUGGGGAGUCAAAUGCAAGCUGUGUGAGAGAAAAAUCUGCGACAAAUGUUCUACUAAGAUGCACAUUCCAACAGACAGGUUUGACCGCAUACCUGUGUAUAUGCUGUGCCCGACAGUAACAGAAGAGGAGUCGCCAAAUCACUCUCCGCUUCCAGUGGCUUUUCAGUUUACCAGCGGCUCCGCACCAUCAUCACCCAUCCUGAACAGGCCUGCAGGCGCCACCUUCAAUACCAAGCUCAAUGUGACUGUCUAUGCACCACCGAGUACCGCACCACCACGGCCAAGGGUUCCCAAGCUUCGCCAUGCAUCCUCUGUGUGCAGUCCAAAAAUUGGUGGCUCGGAAGAUGCAGCAGGCCAGGAGGCACUUACACGCAGAGCACCCCUGCUACGUUCCCGCACAUUCCAGCACAAGGCCAGCUCUCCGCAAGAAGAGCGGUUGCGCGGCCCGCUUAUGACUGUCUGCCGGGACUGCAAGGGGAUGAUACGGCAGAUCAUUCUGGCUAGCAGGACCGACAUGGCCAAGUCACAACGGAAGGCGUGCAAGCCGCCCUUGUGCGUCGUGUGUAAAAACUGAGAGCAGCAAAAGUUAUUCACAGCCUGCAGAGAAAAAUGCAGUGCAAAGGGCACUGUUUUUUUUUUUUUUUUCUUUUGUGAAUAGUUCCUUUGCAGAUAAAGCAAUAGAAGUGUUAUGUCUGCAUGUUGAGUUAUGUGUCCUCUUGCUGUACAGUGACUAGCUGCAUGCCUUAUCUCCUAAACGUGUGUUCACAACAUCACAGCCCUGAUUUAUUUAAUAUUUCAAGAAUGCUGUAAUUAGCAUGGGUUCUUGCCCUGGUGUGAUUCACGGUGGGUAUGUAAGCUAGGCUGGUUACAAAAUUUUUUUACGAAAGGUAGCUUUUGCUGGCACAAGUUCAACCCUCGGUCCUUGAAUGCUAUGACAUGUUAUAUAUAUAUUUUUAUUUUGUACAGUUUUGAGUAGUUGAUGUGACUGCAUGUUGCAUAAGUGUUGAAUUUUAACAGAUUUUAUUUUAUUAUUAUUUUUUUUCAUCUCAGCAUCCAUGUGGAAAUAUGUGCUAUAUGCUGAACACAAACUAUGUUGGCCGUAGUAACCUCGCUCUGCAAAAAGAAAUAUAUAUAUAUUUAUUUAUACACCACAUUUUUUGCUGAAGCAAUUCUUUUUCAGAAUGUAAAUACAUGUAUAUUUAAUGGGUUUACUAUGCACAAACACCUGUUUGAUAUGUCUGGUAAUAAAAUCCCUGCCAUUGCUCUUCAGCUUUGAGUGCCCAAGUAAGCAUAGUUGUGGCAGAUUCUAAAGAUCUGUCAGCAGCAGAAUGGCAGUGCGACUUCACAUGGGGAGAGAUCCUUGCUGCAAGGGCAGUGCACCAGCUGAUGUUAUGCCUCAUCAGGCAGAGCUGCCAGGUGGAACUCUCUGGAGAAGGGGGACUCUUUGUUUGAAAGCCCAACAGCUGGGUAGCUGCCUUCUCAGGUGCAUCUUAUCAUGGCAGCACACCACUUUGCUCCUCACAGGGAUGAUGGAGAGGGGAGGUUCAUUGGAGACUCCCUCCUGCGAUCCCCUUGACAUGUCCUUUGUGCAAAUAUUCUUUUCACCAUGCCACAGCAAUGGCAAGCAUCUGGAUUGUGUGAUGUACGUAUAGUCAUUUAUAUAAAACCAGCACUUAGAUCAUCUACAACUUAUAGUAACAACGUUCAAAGUCCUCAGUUCCCUUCCAAUGUCAACGUGAUAGACAAAACAGGGAAAAUAGUGCAAUAGUAUUUCCAGGGAAAAUAGUACACUUGGCUUGCAGUAUAUGAGCAAGGAGAUAAUUGGCAGUAAUGUGUAAUUCCUCUACUGAACCUGUGCUAUAAACUGCAUUUUCAAUGCAGAAUCAAGAUGAGUAUCAGUAAUGACAACCGUUUGGGAGACAGGGGCAAAGUUCUCAAAUCAAUGUGUUUGGGAAAAAGAGAAAGAAAAAAUAGCACUUCUGCCCUAACUGUGGAGCAAAUGCCAAAAUUGUCUGAAAACGUGGUGGUACAAAUGCACAUGUAGCUUAUAGGCUAUUAAUUGGUGGUAAGAGGGAGCAGAGAGAGACGGCUGAGCUAGGUCACUAGAAUAGCUGUUUCAGUCCUCUCCAUGCAGUGCUGUCUCAUUCUUUUUCUUUGGUGUCUAGAAAUAAUCUUUGCAUGCACCCCAUUGAAAUUGCAAGCACUUUUCUUCUUUAAAUGUAUGCUUGGUGUUAAUAGUCCCUAGAUUUGAUGAGGCAUUGCUGUUAAUUACAUUAUGAAAUAUACAAAAGCCUAGUAUUACGCGCAAGCGUACAUGCCUCGUCUGCCAAAUCAGCGAGAUUAAGCUGGAGGCCGCCGAGCUGGGAGAGGAAAGCAAGCUUCAGAGGAGGAGAGUGCCUGGCGGUGGAAAGGAGGCGCCUGCGGCGGAGGCGGAAGGUAGAGGGGGGAGUAAGGAGCGUCGCAGAGAAGGAGGGUAGGCAGAGGCGCGCUGGGUUACGUCUGGCACUUGCUACGGCCUCUGUGUGCGCUAUGGUUGUACCGAGUUCGUCUGGCGAUCGAAAGGCCGAGCGAGAAGGCGGAGCAGCAAUGCAAGUGCUGGCAGGCCGAGUGCGAGCUGAACGAGACCAACAAAAGGCGCGGGCUAGGCGUGCCCAGGAGACUCCCGAAGAAUGUGCUAGGCGGCUUGCGACAAUGCGGGUGUCAGGCAAAACUGCAUAGCUUAGAAACUCCGGAACCACACCCAUACGCAUGCGCAUAGCCCACAUUCACGAAUUAGUGAAACGUUACUGUACUUAUUUGCAACACAAACUCGCAGGACCUUUCAAUAAAGUUCUUUGACUGACUGACAAAUCACCUUAAUGGCAUGGUCUAGCUAGUGUUUAAGGUAAUGCCAUUAUGACCAAGAGGAUACUAUCACCUUGCGUUGCCUUGCAGAACAAGUGUUUCUUUUUUUUUUUUUGCUCUGCCUCCUAGAAAAAAAUAAAUUAAUGUACUAGCCACCAAUAGGAGUUGUAUGUUGAUCUGCAUUGUCUUUUUUACUCUAUUCAUCUGACAAAGCAGACUUAUGAGAGCAUAACAAGGAAGUGCACAGUCCCUUGUUAUGAAUCUUUAGUGAAAAUGCCAGUGGUAAACAUAUUUUUUACUUCCCUAAAGCAAUUUCCUGACUAGUAUAGAACUUGUACCUACAUGCAUCGAUCUGUUAUGAUAUACAGAUAACUGCUGGUUAUUUGAGGCAAAGGACUUGUAAAAACUAAGUGAAGCUGUUUUGGUGAUGUGGUGUUUCCAGUCAAGAUGUACUUGUAUAUGUUUAUAAUAGUAUCUUUCUGCAGUAAAAACAUGUGACUCGCAUUAGAAAUAUUAGUGAAAGUAUGGCCUUAAAGGAUGUAUGUGUUAUGGAGCAUGGAUUGCGGACUGUGUAACAAACCAAACUAUUGAGCACAGUUUUAUUCUUUGUUGCUACAUGUUUUACCUUUUGGAUACCUUAGUGCAAACAUCCAAGAACUUUAAAAGCGUUUGCACGGAUUGUGGUAUGUACUGUGUAAAAGCACAAACAUUCCACACGAUUUGUCAUUGGGUCUCCACACAAUGAGGAAAUACUGCGUUAAAAAUAAGAGCGUGGAUGAGUUAACCCUGCACGGGCCGCGAAGUCUCUUUCUCUAAAAUGAAGUCUGAUUUACACUAUAUAGUUGCGACUUAUGUCCCUGCACUGUUGGACUGAAGUUUCUUUACUGUAUUUUUAUUUCUUGGGUACAUGUGUCUUUGUGCGUGUGUGAUCACCUCUGUUGUAAAGCUUUUCAGCCAUGCAUUUGUGAUAAUAUAGUAUUUCCAUGCAAUAAAUAAAAAGAAGUUGGCGCUAUGGCCGAGUGACAC